AUGCAUCUUAUUGAAAAAUUAGUAUUGGCAUUUAGUCUUCUUGAUCAUAAGCAAAAAGUAACAAAAGAUUUGUCAAAGGAAUCGGCAUCAUUUUUUUGGCAUCAAAUGUUAAUUGAUGUGCUAAAACAAAUGCCUUCGAAUGAAGAAUCCAAAGAAGAAAUGCUUAAUAUUUGUCGUAAUUAUUAUCGAAAUAAUCAAUAUGAAUUAAAUAACAUUGAAGAAUUUCGUAGAAACUAUACACGUGAUAAAGCCAUUGAAUGGUAUACUGCUGAAUGUUUUUUGUAUAGAUUAUUGAAUAAAGCACUGCGUACAGAAAAUAUCGAGUUGCUCUAUAAUUUUCGAUUCUUUCUUAUUGGUUUAUGCGCGGCACUGAAAGAACAAAGAGACAAUUUAAAAGACAAAGAUAUUUUUACUGUAUACCGAGGCACAACUAUUCCUCUGGAAGAAAUAGAAAAAUUAAAGGAAAACGUUGGUAAAAUCAUUUCUACAAACGGAUUUUUGUCCACUUCACGUAAUAUUGAUGUUUCACGUCAAUUCUUACAAAAUACACUUAAUUCAAAUACACAUGGACCCGUUCUAUUCAAAAUUAAUGUUGAUCCUUCAUUGAAAAUGGUUAUUUUUGCUGACGUUGAAAAUAAAACUCAAAUCCAAGGAGAACAAGAAGUUCUUUUUAAUCUCAAUUCUGUUUUCAAAAUAAAGUCUCUAGAUUAUAAUUCAGCAUAUCUCUGCUGGAUGAUUGAAUUAAAAAGUACGGAUGAAUGCUCGGACAUGAUUCAACAGUAUCUUACCUUCUCAAAGCAACAACUCGACGAAUAUUCGCCUAUCAUUAAAUUUGGUCGCCUUCUUCUUAAUGAAAUGGGCCAAGUGAAUCAAGCUGGAAAGUAUUUCAAUAUGCUACUCAAAUCAUUACCAUCUGAUCAUUCAGAUAUUGCAUCUGUUCACAACGCUAUUGGAAAUGUGUAUGAGCGAAAAGGUGAAUUCAAUUUAGCAUUAAAGAAUUAUGAACUAGCCCAUCAAAUUCGUCAAGAAAAAGUAUCUCCCGACCAUCCUCAUAUUGCUAUUUCCCUUAAAAAUAUGGGCAAUAUUUAUAGCAGAAGAGGAAAUUUUAAUCAAGCUCUUCAUUGCUAUCAAAAAGCAUUAGACAUUGAGGAAAAGUUUUAUCCAAGUGAUCAUUUACAAAAAGGAAUGACAAUUUUAAAUAUCGGUUUGACAUAUGCGUCUACAUACGAUCUAGACACUGCUCUCGUUCAUUUACAUCAUGCCCUUGAAAUAUAUAAACGUGUUUUACCCUUACAACAUCUUAACAUUGCCCAAUGUCUUGGUAAUAUAGGCUAUGUUCAUAAGAUAAAGUAUGAUUUUCGUACUACACUCGAUUAUUAUCGUCAACAAUUGGAAAUGGAAGAAAAGUGUUUACCAUCUAAUCAUCCUGAUCUAUCAAAGCAUCUUAGUUGGAUUGUUGAACUUUAUAAUAAAAUGGGCAAGAUUGACAAAGCUAUGGAAUUCUGCAAAGAAAAACUUGAUAGGCAAAAAAAUAUUUUGGGUGAAACUCAUCCUCAAAUUGCUCGAAUACUAAUGAUUCUGGCUGAAGUAUCGAAAAAUAUUGAUCCAAACCAAUCUGUCGAAUAUUACAAUCAAUCUUUGUCCAUUCUUGAGCGUUUAACACCAUCGGAUCAUCAAGCAACAGCUGAAUGUUUGACAUCUAUGGCUUGCUUCUAUGGAACUCUGAACAUGUUUGAUCACGCAUUACAAUGUCAACUCAAGGCAAAUGAUUUACUUCGCCAAGUUCACUCGUCGGAUCACGUCUACUUAGCACACAGUUUAAGAAACAUUGCAAUUAGUUAUGAAAAAAUGAACAAUAAGGAGGAGGCACUCCACUGUCUUCAAGAAAGUUUGUCGAUCUACCAAUUUAAUUAUGGACCAGAAGAUCAAAAUGUUAAGAGAACUGAAGCAGAUAUUGCUCGAUUAAAUGAAAAACAGAAUCUUGCAAGCAUUAAUGAACCUGUGGAAAUUCAUGUCACUGAGGAUCAACAUCCUUCUUGUUAA